AUGAGCUUUAACACCUAUGCCGAUGAUCUAGAGCAGGGAAGCGUGGCCUCCAACCGAUACAAGGACUAUCCCGAGUUUGAGCAGCUUAGCAGUGGGGUUGAUGCUCGCCUCCAUCGUGUCAACGAAUUGCUUCUGUCGCCCCCGGUAAAUGACACCGAUGUCGCCGAGCAGUUCAAGGAGAUGAACGACCAAGUCCGCCAGCUUCUGAGCUUGCUUGAGCAAAUGGAGAAGGACAAGGAGGACAUUGAGGUUAUCCGCUACUUGCGGCAAAAGGAAGGGUUGCAAAUGAAGCUCAUCCGCGAAGCACUCGGCCGGUUUCAACGGAUCCGUAACGCUCAAGCUACCACAGAAGCAAAUACUCUGACACCAUCUGCCCAAAAUGGAGGGGUGCCUCAAGUGCAAAUCAAUUACGAACCGAUCAAUGCUGAAGAGCUUGAGCAACAGCUGUUCGCCAUCCGCCAACGCGAACAAGAGAUCCACCGUAUCCACCAGGACACGAUGGAAAUCAACGAAAUCUUCGACAAUUUGCUGAGUGUGGUGAACCAGCAACAGUUUCAAAUUGAUAACAUUGAAGAAAACCUUUUCAACUACUCGAGCGACGUCCGCGGCGCUCACCAGGAGUUACGGCGGGCCGAACGUUACCAAAAGCGCACCGGAGGACGGAUGUGCUACUGCUUAAUGAUCCUCCUGGGAUUGUUGGCGCUUAUCUUGUUCAUUGUAAUUAUAUAA